AUGAAUUAUCAAAAACUAAUCGAUAACACCGAAGUCGAUGGCAUCCAAGACUUGAGUAUCAAGGACAACGACCCCGAAGACGAACUCCUCAAAGUUGAAGCAAGAAUAGUAAGAUGCGUGAUAGAGAUUGCCGUGGUCCUUCGCGGUACCAAAGAGAGUGGUUCGUAUAGGUUUAUGAAUCAAAAAGCUACGAAGCAGCAGCGCAUCCUAAUACAAACUAGAAAUAUUCAAAAGUCCUUGAAUAGAAAAUCUACCUCAUCGUGUAACGAGGUGACUUCAAGUCAUUUGAUUCCAAUCCAAACACUGGUCAAUUCCUUAGCCUACAACACCACCGUUAUACAAUUACAACUUUCCCACUAA